UAUCGAAAAAUUGGAGUAUCAUUAGCGGAUACCCACCAAGGCUGUUACCGAGCAAGCUGUGGAAAGGGGUUGUCGCAAAAACGUCAGCCCAAAACCGUUAUCCGCUCCCGCUUGGCUCUUUCCACCCCAAUAGAUAAACCCACAGAGAAAAAAAUUAUAAAGAAAAAAUAAAGGGUAGAAGAAAAGAGAAGAAAUCGUUAUAUUGUCUGCUAUUUCCUCUCCAGAUUUCGUCGAACAGGAUCAGGUUUCUUCUGCAUUUUGUGCGAUAAUUUUUUUGUUUAUGGGCGCAUUUCAUUUUGCUGAAUUUCACAGCUUUUAUCAUGUGGGUUACUAAAUUAUGUUCUGUGCUGGGAUGCGACGACGCACGUGGUGGGAAUUUCAUGUUAUUUGAUUGAUUGAUAGAAUGGUUUCUUUCUUUGAGCAAGUUUGCAUCUUUACUGCCUUCUGAAGCUGAAAAAUGUGGAAGUUCUUACAUGUUCUUCAUGAGCACUUCAAUGGUCUUAUGUCAGAAUCUAGUUAUAUCCAAGAACUGUAGCUUCGAGAACUCAUUGUUACCCUGCUGCAAUGCAUCUUGUGGUGUGGUUAAAUUGGGCUGUAGGAGGAGAAAAUCUAGGAGCCUGGUUCCUAAAGCUAAGAAAAGGCGGCCGAAGAAGAAAAGUUGGUGGCAGCGGUUCUUUUUUGAUGAGGAUGGAAAUUGGCUUGGUUUGAAAGAUGACUAUGAGGACAUGGUUGACUUGGUGGAAUCAGAGGGGAGCUCUACUGAAGAUGAUUUGACUACUGAGUAUGAGAAAUUCGAGGCCUGGAGAAGAAGAGCUGAAGCUAUUGUAGAAUUGAGAGAAGCACAAGAAGAUGUGAAAAAUGAGGAGGAUAGGAGGUGGGAGGACUGGCUUGUGGAUGGAAGUACUAAUAAUGGUAAUGCCGGUGGUGAUGCAUCGUGGUCCGAAAACAGCCCAAACAGCCUCAUUGAUAAACCUGGAAAUGAUGUAGGAAAGGAAUUUAGUGAGUUCUUUUCUGAGAGAGGAUUGGUUAAGUCGGUAAGGGAUGCAAUUGUAGGUAGAGAAGAUGAUGACAUUCUAUAUGAAGAUCGAGUCUUCCGUUACGCCUCGUACAGUUCGGCUAAAUUUUUGGCAGUACUGAUCAUUGUCCCUUGGGCUUUGGAUUUCUUGGUUCAUGAUUAUGUUCUGAUGCCUUUCCUCGACAGAUAUGUCAAGAAAGUACCACUUGCAGCAGAGCUGCUCGACGUGAGGAGAAGUCAGAAGCUCGAAAUGGUCAAGACUCUAAAUCUUGAAAAAGCACGGUAUCGUCUUGAAGUAGAGAUUGGUAAAUCCCCUCCUCUUUCAGAUGAGGAUCUUUACUCAGAGUUACGCCACAAAGCUUUAGAACUGCGAGAUGAACGGAGAUUAGAGAACCGAAAAGCUUUCGCUAACAUCUGGUCAGACGGGGUCUUCGGGAUCUCAUUAUUCAUGCUUCUAUACUUCUGCCAGAGUCAAGUGGCUUUGCUGAAAUUUACAGGUUACAAACUACUGAACAACAUUACAGACACCGGGAAGGCGUUUCUCAUAAUACUCGUGACAGAUAUUUUUUUAGGAUACCAUUCUGAAUCGGGUUGGCAGACAUUAUUAGAGAUCAUAUUUGAGCACUACGGAUUUGAGGUCGAUUCGUCUGCCAUAACCAUAUUUGUCUGCAUAAUUCCAGUUAUCAUGGAUGCUUGUGUGAAACUAUGGCUGUUCAAGUUUCUCCCGAAACUAUCCCCGAAGGUGUCGAAUAUUUUCCAGGAAAUGAAGAGACAUUAGGACACACACCCCACUUUAGAGGUCGAAAGGAAGACAUCUUCCAUUCUCGUGCGGACCUGUUUCUUCAAUUCUAGAUUCAACCGGAGACCUCAACCAAUUCCAAUCGCUUCAGGGAAAAAGGUUCGCUUUUUCACACUUGCGCGCCGCGGAGAU